GGUGACCAGCCAUCCAUUGCCUCCAGCUGCGAAUCCAGGACCACUACACGCUCGUUCCAUUAGAAGCCGAAGGAAAAUAAUUUCUAAAUCUUUCUAAAAAUGGGUCUGACAUUCAACAUUAAGGCUAUCUGCACUCUCAGCGGCGCCCUCAAACUCGCCGAAAUUACCCUGGCCAUCAUCUGCAUCGCCCUUCUACGCCAGUACGACCUGCACUUCGGCGCCGAGUCGUGGCACAAUGCCCAGUCCCUCGUCGACCGGAAAUUCGUGGGCGUGAUCGCUAUCGGCUCCUCUAUCCUCAUCUCCCUGCCGCUGCUCAUCGCCUACAUCUUCUUCGCCCAUUCGUCAAACCUCCUGGAGGUCCUCUACUGCUUCACGGCCUGUGUGAUGAACGUGGCCGGCGGGGCCAUGGCCAUCGAGAACUACCAGGGCCAGGGAGACAGCGAGACCGUCAAGGCAGGGAUGGCCAUGGGGUCCCUCAUGAUCAUCAACGCCCUGGCUUAUCUCAUCGACGCCGGCACAGGAACCAUCGCCAACAGGAAGUAAGUUGCUGGCGCGCUGGAGGGUAGAGAUAAGAGGAACGAGAUAAGGAGAGAUAAAGCGUAGAUAAAGAACAGUGGAGUUAUACCUUUAAAAAAAAAAAAGGAUGAUUAAAAUUCGAAUUAGAUUUAUGAUAAGGAAUUGGUAUAAUGAAUAGGUUAUAUGGUUUUAUAAGAAUGGAUUAGAGAGAUAAGGAUAUAAAUGUAUGUAUAUUUUAUAUGAACUUUGUUUAAAAGAGAUCGAAGUCUUAUGAUUCAGAACUGUAUUUAAAAAAAUAGUAAUGAUUUAGAACAACAUUAAUUGUAUUUAGAAUAAUUAGAAUAAGAGGUAAAAAAUAAUUAAGAGCUAUAUUUAAGAUUUUUUGUUUUCAUUUACAGUACAUGAGAAAGUGUAUGCAUUGAAAGUUUUAUAAUUUUAUGUGAAAUCUAUGUAAAGAAAAAAAAAAAGUCUAAUGUGAUUUUUAUGUUUUAUGAAUUUUAUAGUUUUGAAAAGUCUUAUGUGACUUGUUCAUGUGUUUAUUUUUUUUCUAAAAUGAAUGUUCUUAUAUUGUUUAAGAAAAAUAUCCAUCCAAUAGUUAUAUAAGGUAUAUAUUUACAUAAGAUAGAAACACAAAACGAUGAAUAAAGUAUUUUAUUAAAAUGAGGAUCAUAGAUUUUUUUUUAAAUGUUCAGACCAACCAAAUACAAAUAUGUAAUGAGAAAUAUGUUAUGAACAAUAUCAUGAAUUAACCUCAAAUCUCUUUGCAAUUUCAGUGCAUGAGUUGCAUUCCGGAAGUUGCAACACCCACCUCCUCCUCCUCCUCCCCCUCCCUUUUACACCUGCCUGCAUGCAUGCUUUCCUUGCACUCGAGAGACAACGGAGCAUGUUUGACUGAGGGAGAGAUACCGGGAGCUGAAGCGUUUGAAAUCUCGAACGUCUUUGGAAUUGGUGACUGUAAAAGCGGUUCGAAUUGGGUGCGACGAAUGUUUGAAUUAAAAAAGGGCUGAUUGGAUUUUUUGAAUUAGAGAAUGUGCCGUUUUUUAUUUGAUUUUAUUUCAGAGAGAGAAAGUGUGUGUAAAAGAUAUUUAAAAAAUGAUUUUUUUUUUUUUUUUUACGAUUGCUAUGUUGACAGAUUAGGUCGCCUGUAGCAUGGUAUUUCUGUGCAUGUUUUAAAGGCAUGUCUCCUUCAGUUCAAUAACUUUCUCGUUAAAAAAUCUUGCCACAAAAACAAAAUUCCCUUUUUAUGGUUUUAAGCCCUGAUAAAUGCAUGGAUAUAAAUUCCGAAUUUAAGCUGAUAGAAGUUCGAUAUCAUAAGGUUUAGUCACCAAAUUUGAAUACAUAGUUGCACAAAUUGUUUCCUGAAUAAAUAGCUUAUGAAUAUUGAUAAUCAAUAUAAUAUUCAUGACAAAAUUACACUGCCAUCCAAAUUUACAAUAUGUAGUUAUUAAAUAUAAUAUUACAACGAUAGAGCGAUCUAUUUCAUCUCUGUCAGUAACUUGAGGAGAAUUUAAGGAAUUAGUAAUUUAAGUGUAGCGUUAUUUUCACUGCCGUUUCGACUCCUAAACCAAUGAAUAUAUUUUUUUUUAAGGACCAAAAAAUAAAAUAAAUAUUUGGUUGGUGUAUUUUAUUUACUCUGAUGUCAGAUUGUACUGUGUGUGUUUUUUUGUUUCUUUGUUUGUUUUUUGACUGAAAAAGCCUGGAACUAUUAUUAAAAUCUUUCUCUUGAUGGUUACGUUGCACGUUUAACAAAUUCAAAGUAAGAAUUUUGCACUGUAUUUUAGAGGGGAACUGUACUUGCUUUUUUGACGUUAAGAAACACAAGUUCUAACUGAAAAUACUUAGUUUGAACCUUAUAGCAAUUUUUUUUUUUUCCUUUUCGACGGCAACUACUGACAAGAUUGUUCGGAUUUUCGGAAAGCUUGUAAAAUAAAAUGGUUUCCCGCUAAAACUACAUCUUCCUGCGAGCCUUGAAUGCCCGUUUUCAUUUUCAUCCAUUUAUUUCUCAUCUUCGUCAGCUUUUUUUUUUUUACAUUGUUUGUUUGUGAAACGUUCUACAUUUCGACUUUGUGUCUUGUCUGUCUGCUAAAUUUCCUCAUUAUUUUACGUGCCCGAGAUGACAUGUACGCUUAUCCAUAAGUACAGGGAUAACGUACGCAUAUCCUUUGCUUCCAUGACCUGCAUAAGCUCUCCAUUAUUUUUAUUUAUGUAGUUAACCAAAGUCAUUCAGGUGAUAUUGUGCCUCUUGGGUUAACAGAGAGAGAAAAAGAGUCUCCAACAAGUAAAUAAGAAAUACGGUUUACGUUAUAUACAUACAUACAUAUACAUAUAUGUAUGACUAAUAUAUGUGUAUAUAUAUGUAUGUAUGUAUGUACACAUAUAGUUGAUGAGUUAUGGAGUCAAGUUUCCUAUCACAGCUUUCAGUAUAGCAAAGUUUGCUGAUCUGUAGCUUACAGUCAUUUUAUUUUUGUACAUGUAUGUGAAAAAGAUGUAGCAAUUUCUAAUAGUAUAUAUGUAGGAAUAAUCACCAAAGUGAAAUAGAUAUAAAUGGUUGAUUUUUUAAACCAAUCACAGAGAAAUACAUAUGGAACACAACACAACAAUCUCUGGUAUUUGUAAACGUUUUGUAUAUCUUCUGUUCUGACCAAAGAGAGCAGACAUGUCAUGCUUCUUUAUGUCUAUGGAGAUUUUUUUUUCUUUUUUGUCCAAUAAAAAAGUAACUGUAA